AUGACUCACAUGACGCAGGCAGAGAUGGAUGUAUACCGCGAAAUCUUGUUUGCCGGUUUCCCACAGCGGACGCAGAAGACAUCAUUCCCCUCGACAUAUGUUGAGAGUUUUUUUGGCCACUACGGUGAGGUGCAACAUUUUGUAUUUGAUGCUGAUCGUGGUAUUGGCAGUGUGACAUUUGCCCAAGGGGAAGUGGCGAUGAACUGCUACCUUGCGGUGCAUCUCUCUCUUUUGCAACCACGACCAAAUGGGAGUUGCACCGAUGACAUGUGUGAUGAGGAGAAUACGUCUCUUAUCUUUAUGGAGUUUGCCCAGUGCGUCCCGUGCGUGAACCCCUACCUGCUGCGGAAUGGGGAGUUGAGUCGUCAUCUCAUGCGCUACAAGACUCGAAUGCCAUCUUUGCAAGCAGCGGCACCGUCACCUUCCCCUUGGUCCGUGGCGAAUCACUUUGUGGUGACGUGGCAUGAGGCUACGGAAAACGAUUUGGACUCAAACCCGAAAAGAAGAGUCGUACGGGAUGGGCCACACUUCCCUGUAACAGAUACUUCCACUGUGGGAUCUACGCUUGUCAAGAAAAGGAAUGAUGCCAUCGCUGAAGCGGUAUGGUCUUUACUCCGGCCUGAAAAACGGUCGCCUACAGACGGUGAUGCCGUGACGGUGUUGGAUCUCUGGUGGGAGUACUACCAACGCUAUGUACUACACAAGACGGAGCCGGCAGAAGGUCGAAUUAAGGACCCAUAUUUUCUGUUUGCACAUAAACCGACAGUGGCACAGGAAAUUCGGCGGGCGCUCACUUCCAGCCAAACAGGGAGCUCCGGUGAUGUGCAGGAGGAUACGACCGUCGUGAAGCGUCUCAUUCAUGACGAUGUGUACCACAGUGUCUGUAAUUACCUUGGAGUGAAGCUGCGUUUUCGCAACGAUCCAAGUUGGGCGAGUCUUGCUCGUGAUGUGGCUUCUGCUGGCACUGCUGUUGGGCGAAGGAUUCAGUGUGAGGAGCCGGAAUACAGCAGAAGCAGCAAAAUGAAAGGAGACGGUGAUGAUGACGAAAUGGGGACAGAAGAAGAUAACAAAGCACUGUUGCGGCUGCCAAUUUUAAAAGCUGCAGCCAAUCUGAUGGAAAAUGUUCGAUUUCUUCAACGUGUACGCCGUGGGGAGAUUACGGUAGACAACAAGCCAGUCCGCCCCAAAGAGAAUGAGAACAGCCGUUCUAUGGACUACCCAGCCAGUACUCACCAGAAGGAGGGGGACUUUUACAUGGAGGUGUUGAGCACAUUGGAUGGCUACUCUCCCACCGGAACGGCUGCCUCACUGAUGGCAAUGUGUGAGGAUCCACACACGUUCCGGCACGUGGAGGGGCACAUUGGGUGGUGCGAAUUGCGUGGAAUGAAGCGAUCCACGUGGUGGGUGACGUGCCAGGCGGUUAUGGUGGUGAUUUUGAUAUUUGUGUUUGCAGGGUGGGUGCUGGGACUUGCAACUUCAUGGCUGGGUGUCAGUUGGAUCGUUGGUAACAAAACAAAUGCGGCACCGUCGCGUUAUGAGAUGAGCAACCCUAUCGACAGGAAGAUAAAUAUCCGCUUUGCCGAAUUGUGA